ACUCUCUUUCUCUCUCUCACUUACCUACUCGGAGAUGACUAACGGUUACGCGCUAUCACCGGCGAUUAUCGCCGCCGUUCGCCCUCCGGCAUCAAAAGACUCUCUCUUUCCCGCUUCUGUCAACAAACGCAAACCGAUCAAACCUUCUUCUUCGUCUUCGUCUUCGUCCUCUUCAAUCUUGGUCCCUAUCUCUUCAUCUAAUCGAAGCAAAUGCGCCAUCUCCAUCUCGCGAAAGAACCCAAGAUCAUCUGCGGUGAGAUCAUCGGCUUCCGUGGACGCAGACGUUUCGUUAUCGGAGACGGAGGAGGACGAGAAGGCGAAGGAGAAGAUUGGGGCUAGGGUUAGGGUUACGGCGCCGUUGAAGGUUUACCACGUGGUUCGUGUUCCGGAGGUUGAGUUGUUGGGAAUGGAAGGUUUGAUUAAAGACUACGUCGUUUUGUGGAAGGGAAAGAGGAUCUCAGCUAAUCUGCCGUUUAAGGUACAGUUCGUGAAGGAGAUUGAAGGUCGUGGUCCUGUUAAGUUCUUUACGCAUCUCAAGGAAGAUGAGUUCGAGUUGAUUUGAUGGUUAGUGAUUGAAUCGAAAAAGGAGAAAGCUUUCAUCUUUUUUUCUAUCUUGUGACUGAGAAUGUCUGUAAGAGAGCAAACUUUUGUUGUGAAUGGGUUUGUAUGUACUUUUUGUGUAUACAAUUUAGCAUAUUAAUACCAUAACAUUUUCACC